GGCUACAAUAUAUCGAGUCGGUGAUAUCGACUACAAAAGCGAAGAAGAAAUUUUUUUGCGAAAACGUCUUGCACAAGUGUAGCAAAUGUCGCUUUUUCGCAAGCCCAAGAAAAUACAACGACGGGUCUUUUCCAGCAAUGCAGAUGAGGACGAGGAUGUGUCGGCUGUGGAUAUUCAUGGAGAUUUGGAAACGCCCCCACCCCCGCCGCCAAUAAUUUCCGCAUCCGGCAAACGUGACAAAGAUAAAAACAAAAAAAAAAUACAAUCCGAUGACAGUGGGGCAAUCAGCGGAUCCACCGUCCAACACAAGCCAAAGGCUCUUCUCAGCUUUGCUGACGAUGAGGACGAUGGAGAAGUGUUUCAAGUGCGCAAAUCAUCGCACAGCAAGAAAGUAAUGCGAAUGCUGGACAAGGAACGUCGGAAAAAGAAGCGCGAGGAGCGAGCGGAAAUAACGGGACACAGCGGACAUUUUGGUUAUGAGAAUGGUAGUAAUAUGCAGCAAUUAGAGUCGUCCAGUGCCACUUCGGCUUUGGCUUUGGCUCCGGCUUCGGGUUCUGGUGCUGCUGGGUCAGCCAAUCUCUCUAGUAGAUAUAAAUGUACAUCGAUAGCGAGCGACAAUGCAAGCGUACAAAGUAAAAGUAAAAAGUGUGAUAAUGAUAUGAUCCAAACCGAAAUACGCACAGACGACUUUGUGCUUGUGGUCAAGAAGUCGGAAACUCCUGAUGUGCUAUUAAAUGGCCGUGCUGCGCUUUGUGCUGGUCGCGACGAUAUGAGCGAUGAUGAUGAAUUAGAUGAUAGAGACCACGAUAAGACGCGACACCGGUUCUCAAAGCCGGAGCACUUGAAGCAAAUGCUAGAAAGUGGUUCCAUACCAGAUGCUGCAAUGAUACACGCAGCACGAAAACGUAGACAGCGUGCCAGGGAGCAAGGAGCUGUUGACUACAUACCCAUCGAGGAGCCCAAGGAAACGCCAAAGCUCAGUACACGGUUACCAAGGGAGGAUGUAGAGGGUGAUCAGUCGGACGAUGAAGAGCGCAUGGAUAUGAACGACAUAACAGGUCGCAAGGAGCGUGAAGAGCGUCGCGAACAAUUCUAUGCCGUUGAGAAUGAUUUAACUGAGGAAGAUUCCGAUCGCGAAAUGCACGAAUGGGAGAAUCAGCAAAUACGAAAAGGCGUUACUGGUGCACAACUGGUUCACGCUCAGCAUGAGACUGUGCUAUCACGUUUCAUGAUCAAGCCGGCAGUGAACAGCGGAUCAGAUGAUGGAGCUUUCGAAUUGAAUCUGGAUCUAGUGCCGCCAUCGACUGCGACGUUGCUGGAGCAGGCCUAUGCUAAGACCAACUUAGACAAGAAUAAUGCAAUGGCAGCCACUCUGCGUUCGACUCUCACCAAAUCCAAGCGAGAGAAAUCAAAGGCUACAGCUCUGCGUACACCGCAGGAGAUGCGUUCCACGAUUAUAAUGCGUCUCACAGAACUGCGAGAGCGGAAUGAUGAGCACAAUGCGACCGUUGCGCGCAUUGAGGCCGAGCUGAAAUCUUUGAAGCUGCAACAAAACGAGUGCAAACAAAAUGCGCCAACGGCGGCGGCUAAAUAUAAAUUCUAUCAGGAGAUCAAAUGUUAUGUGAACGAUUUGAUCGAUUGUCUGGCGGCCAAGUCAUCGUUAAUAAAUGAUUUGGAGAAACGCGCCCUGCAACUCUAUAGUAAAAAUCAACGCUAUUUGGUUAAUAGAAGGCGGCAAGAUGUCCGCGAUCAGGCAAAGGAAAUGGCGGAGGCUGCAAAACCUGUGUUAGCAGCAGCACGUCGAACACCGGAAUACGAGGAGCAAGUACGUCGAGCGGCUGAGCGGGAAGGUCGACGCACGCGUCGGCGUUGCGAACGUGAGCGAAAUUAUUUGUUAGCCACGCAUCUGGAUGGCAUGUCCAGCGAUGAUGAGAUAGCCGAUCAACAACAGGAACAGUGCUUAGCAACGAAAGCGUUGAUCGAGACGCAAGCAGCGGAGGCAUUUGAAGACGUUAACGAUGAUUUCUGUAAAAUUGAUCUGAUACUCAUUAAGUUCUAUGCAUGGCGUAAAACGGAUAUGGGUUCGUAUCAAGACGCGUUUGUCAGUCUUUGUCUGCCCAAGUUGCUUGCACCACUUGUACGUCACGAGCUGCUCCUCUGGUCACCGUUGCUGGAGGAAUAUACAGAUAUUGAGACGAUGCAUUGGUAUCAAGCCUGUAUGCUCUACGCUUGUCAGUCGAAUGAAUCGGUUGAACAACUCAAACAGGAUCCGGAUCUCAACCUUGUGCCUUCGCUUAUAGAAAAGAUUGUAUUGCCUAAAGUGAAUUCUCUGGUCGCGGAAUGUUGGGAUCCAUUGUCCACGACGCAAACGCUACGUCUGGUUGGCUUCAUCAACCGCCUGACUCGCGAAUUCCCGCUCAACAGCAGCAAUAAGCAAUUGAAAAAGCUUUUUGAGACAAUCAUGGAACGCAUGCGACUCGCACUCGAAAAUGAUGUUUUCAUACCCAUUUUUCCUAAACAGGUGCAAGAGGCGAAAGGCUCGUUCUUUCAACGUCAGUUUUGCAGUGGCCUUAAACUGUUUCGCAACUUUCUUAGCUGGCAGGGAAUACUGGCAGACAAACCCCUAAGAGAACUAGCAAUUGGAGCUCUAUUGAAUCGCUAUCUACUAAUGGCCAUGCGGGUGUGCACACCAAAUGAUGCUAUUAGCAAAGUCUCUAUUAUUGUGAAUACAUUACCAACAGUUUGGCUGCUGACGAACAGCGAUACGCUAAAGAAUUUGGAGGUAUUCAUUAGCUAUAUACGACAAACUUUGGACAAUUGCGAUGCCACCAAUCCACUACUUAUGCAAUCCUGCGACAAGGCCAAGCAAAUAUUACAAAGACUACAUAGCUUAUAAAGUAAAAUAAUUAAUACAACUUACACAUUUAUCAGAAUUUAUACUUAGCUCAAUGAUGGCUUGUGGUAUGGUAUUGGCUUUUGGUAUGUCGAAGCAUAAGCAAAUAGUCCAGAUAAACAAAAUAGAGAGCAUAGUAUUAAACAACUCCCGCAAUAACUGGCUGCUCUAUUAAACGUCGCUCAUACUUGACACGAUUCGGUCUUUAAACUUAUAUGAGAACAGAUUGUAAAUACCUUUAUAAGCAUGUUUAAUUAUAUAAUUGAAUUUUUAUGAGUUUUUUAGGUAGACAGAAUGGUUAA